AUGGACCUCCAAACGCAGCUGGAGCCAAGGCUCCUCUUACAAAAGGCACCACCCGCCAUCGCUCGCCAUUUUCAAGAUCUGAUCAAAUCUGGAAGCGCGGAUAUCCACGCAAUCAACACACAUUUGCUUUCUCAAGUGCACAGUGAAUCCAUCCCCCUGGUCGUCUACGAGAUCUGGUUCCCUCUGGCGAUAAAGCAUGCCCCUGAACUCCUCCGUGGCGCACUCACGGACCCCAUCUCCUGCGGCGUCCGCAAGACAAGUAUCCACGCCCUACGACGCAUGUUCCACAGUAGGAAAUGGAAGGACACGUGGGAUUUCCUGGGGGGCGCGGCCGGCAUCAAAGAGAUCAUUGACAAUCUCCCCAUGACCGAAGUGAAACGGCUUGCGUCGGUUAUUACCGACAUCAAAUUCCAGGGCAAUCGCGAGGUGAUCUCAACUUGUGUGGAGGAGCUGCUCCGCCUUGUGGCCCAGUCGGAUCGCAUGACUGGUCGGCUGAUAUCGCCUGCUCUUGCCCCGUUAACCCAGCUUUGCAGUGAGAGCUACGUGCUUGGGUAUCUCAAGCGACAACACCAGCAGGAUGACCCGUUCCAGCGGCGCUUGGAAGAACUAGGGAGUCUGCACUUAGAUCUACUGCGGAGGAUUGUCGUGGGAACUGUUGAAGCCUCGGAGGAUUUGCGUGCCAAAGUCUUCUCUUCCCAGCCCCAGGCUCUCGUGCGCUCGCAGCAGGAGUAUGUACCAGUAUACCUCCCACCCGAUAUGCCCGCCGACGUUCACCCUGGCAUGGCAUUUUGUCUCGACGUGGUCCACGCCCUUUCUGCAAAUGCUGGCUUCAAGCGCAGUAUAAGUAGCCACAUACCGGACUUGAUCGACGCUACGUUAAAACUGGCAGCGAAAAAGGAGUCUGCCUUGCACGUUGUACUCAAGUUCGUCAAGCACAUCUUGCCGACAUACUUCCAGCAUAGUGAGCAGCGCUGGUACAUGGAGUCCUCGUUGCCGUGCGAGAUCGUCCGAUGGUGGUCUAUUGCUCGCACGGGAAAGAUCCGGUAUAAGUGGCGCUUCUGGCUGCAGAGCAUCUUUUCUCACCAUGGCGCAAAGUGCUUCUCCCCCCAUCUGGAACUGCUGGAAGACUUGCUCCUCCAGACGCUGCGGCAGCAAGCCGAUCGGAAAUUCAAUGUUCGCAAAAACCCCAAAGAGUUUCGCAAUAAUCUGGGCCGGUAUGUAUGCGAUAUCCCAAUGGAAGAACGACUGACCUUCAUCAAAUUCCUUUGUCGCAAUCUGCCAUCUAUCAACGUGGAUCUCAAUACAUGGCCCCCUUCAGAGCGCGAAAGCCAACUCCUUCCGUACUGGAAAGAGGCAACCCUGCGAGAUUUACCCACGUCCGAUGCAAAAUGGCUUUUUGGUCGCAUGCUGGCGAUCCACGGUUGCGAAGAGUUUCUUCCAGACCCCGACGGCGCCUCAGCGGAUGAAGAUCAAAUGACAUGGACGGACCAGUGCUUGUUGAAGAUAGAUUGGGAACUGGACGAGGAUACGAGUGGCCAGCUUCCUAUUACCCGUAAAGCGCUGGCGGAGUCGAAACGUCGGGCAACAAGAGACAGAGACCCUCAACAAAGGUUGACCUGGGCUACUGCCACCCUGCGAUUUGCGAUCGCGAGCAUGUCCUUGGAUAUCUUUCAAGAAACUGUGGAAUGGAGCAAGCGAUUCCUUCGAGAUCCGGUUGUCUUUCCGGGACUAUUGGAUAUCCUUUUCAGCAGGAAGACAGCGCCAAUCGUAUCCCGCACAUACAUUCUACGCCCGAGAAGACCGGAAACACUUGCUGAAUUGAAAGCAGUGGUGAAAAAGGGUAACCAGGUUCUCCGGUCGUACUUGGACAUCGCACACCUUAUUGUCCGCGAGCCGCAUUACCAGAGGAAUUUGACCAGCGGCAUCCCCUACCUCUUUGGCGAAAUAAUAUCCAGGAGAAUCGAGGAAUUUGGGAUGGUUAGUGCAGGCACCGAAGCCGAACGCGUCGACAUCCUGCUGUACUCUUUGCUGCCUAUUAUUCUCGAAUUCGAGCGCCUGGCAAACAGCGAGGACCCCGACAAGUUCACAUGGAGCGGCUUCAGUGGUGCAGUUUCUCGCAUUGACUGCCUCGAUGACGAGGACAAAGCUGUGCUCCCUUUCCUGGAUCGUAUGGCGUACGAACGGAAUCAAUUCUGGGUCGAGAAAAGGAUGGACGAAAACCCCGAAAUCAUGGAUCUACCCCUAGGCUUCCCGCGAGGCCUUCCCCUGGAGUAUCUCCUCCCAAGUUUGGAACUGACCCAACUUGCCAACAAGUACCCGGAUGAUAUGCCAUACGUAGCGUCCAGACUUGCUGAUCUGAUGGUGCCAUCCACGGGUGUGAUGCUGAGUGUCGUCCCAGCUAGUGCUGCCAGAGACAAUUACCCCAUAGACUCCCUUGAUUACGGGGUUCGAGCUGUCAUAGAAGAUCCUUCGGAAGCAGUGAAGGAAAAGGAGCUCUUGCAGAUCUGGGAAAUGUUCUCUGCUACCCUGCGCCCCUAUCCAGAUCAGUUGGAGAUCUUUAAGGAAUGGCUUGCUGGGUUGGCCCGUCGAGAAGGCUUACGAGAGGCGGCCAAAAUAAUCCAGCCGCCGCUUCCCCCGAGAAAGUUUUGGGUGACCGCAUACUUUGAACAGUGUUUCGAUAUGGAUCAUGUGGUUGAAUGGGACCCUCGCCCGGACCCUGCUCUUGUGGACAGUCCAAGCGCAGAAACUGAGCCAGAAGAGCGGAAGGUUGAACGAACGAUCCUCAUCUGCCGCAUGAAUGCCGUAGAUCGAACCAUCAGGAACAAUAUUCAGCCAAAGGAGAGUCCAUUCUGGGUUUGGUAUCACACCGAACGCUCGGUGCCAAUGUCACAGCGUGAAGCAGUCGCGCUUUCUGCGCUCCUAUACAUCGACACUCUUAACCAGCGGACGACGCGAAUCCUACGCCGUCCCUGGCCGCAAAAUGUCUCCUCGCCUCGAUACCCGGCCAUCUUCCUCGCAGAUGAGUUUCUGACUGCCGUUGCCAAAAAGGGUGCCAUCCAUGAUGCGGCAAAAGCUCUUGAGAAAUGCGUGAAGUUUGUUCCCGCGCAACUGCUCCGUGAAGUUGUCGUGUCGCUGCUCAAGAUGCUCGCAGAGAAUUCAGAGAAAAAGCAACCGAGCUAUUCCACAAUAUUAUCAGUCACGAUGAGCUUGAUCAAGCUCCUGCACAAAACAGACCAGCCGCAACUGGCUAUUGAUGUUGUGCUCCAAGUCCUCAAGUCAUUCCCAGACGCAUCCUCGUACCAUCGGCAGAUGAGACUAUUGAAGCUGGGGACGCGACUCCUGCCGCACCACGCCGCUCAAAUGUUCAACACGUUUGCCAACUUCGUCUGCAACGCCGGUAAACCCAAGGCCGAAGAGUCUGAUGGUCAUGAUCCAUCGACAGAGAAUCCGCCCUAUGUUAAGAUCACAACAAUCAAGAUGCUCGCCCAACUCCUCGCCGACGCAACCUUCGUCGACAUAUCCACCUGUAUUCGCAUACUUCAAAAUAUCUUCGAUUCAAACCACCACAUUGAUGUUCGCACUGAAGUUGUCAUGGCAGUUCUGCGACAGUUCCACCGCGUGGCAGACGUGACACCGGUAUUUACUGUACUCGCCUCCAUGGCGAGCGCCGCUUCUGGCCCGAGCGAACGAGAAGCUAUGUCGGAGGCCGACUGGCUUGCCGCCGAAAAAGGAGAGAGACCUCUUCCAGAAGUCGCUCCCGUAUACGAUCGCCCCUUGUUCGGUUGUUUCCUCAGAACCGCGUUCUCCUUACCUAAACAAUCCCGCAAAGAAUACGUGCACAAGGUACUCCUCCCGCUAUUGGAAGAAUCAGCUCGGCAGCACGCUCGCUGGAUUCGAUGUUUCCUGUCAGAGGUCCACCUUACUCCUGAAGAAGACAAUGCCAUCACGUCACUCAGUAAGAUCUGGACCUUUGAUCCAUCCGCCGUCGACUCCCUCUUCGAUACCUGGGGACCAUAUCUCCCGAAAUCCUACCUUCGCCGACACAGGUGCUGGGCCCUCGCUUACAUCCAGUACCCUCACGUGGAAACGAUAAACAAGAAACUUUCUGCGAAAAAUAAGAGGUGGCAGGGCAGUGCGGAGGGAAAGCACUGGCUCACUCUAGUGUCGCACCUGCGUAGCCCUAGACCUUUCGCCGCAAUAGGCAAAGAUAUCGCUGCGGGAGUGCAAACGCAGGUGGAGGGUGACAUAACAGCCUCCGACCUCGUGGACGAGUACAUCUGUCGCGCGGGGAUAGUGACCCGGCACCCGGUGAGAUUUGACAAGGAGCUCGAUCGGUUCGUGGUUUCCGUAGAAACGAGUUUGGAGUCAUUGAAGAUCUUGAAUGGAAAGAUGAGGUGUGUAACUGAUCCUGGGCGGUAUGACUUGCUGCAGAGGAUGAUGGAGCGGAUUGUCACGGAUAUCGAGUCGUUGAGGACGGCACAGUGGAUGGAAGAUCCAUACAGGUCGCCUGCUGUCCUGCCGUCGAGGUUCGCAAUCGAGAUGCUGCUUCUGCCAUCGCCGACGUACAAUGCUCGCACAAACAAACCAGGAAUGGAGUUCGGGAGGAGACUUAUGGACCUCGUGAAAAGGUUUGCCGACAAUCCUGUGUUGGUGGUUGAGUUUGACGCUGUCAAGGAGCAGGUGGACGACGUGGAAGAGAAGGACCUCGGGUCCUUUGCCCUUCUCUUUGGGAACGAUGGCGAGGAAGACCAGGAAACACUGUAUCGGCGCUUGAAAGUAGACAUUGCCCGGUGCGCUUUGAAGAGGAUUGAGUCAGGGGAUUUGCGGCAGAACAAACAGUUGAUGGCAAUGAUUCGCAGGUGGAAGGCGAGCAGCAGUGAGUGGGUGAGACAGGUCGGAUGGAGUUUUGAUGGAACUUUCUGA